AUAUUGAAACGCUUGGUAUUUUCAAACUAAACGGGAACAACGGGGGAGGGAAGGUGAGGUUGGAGAGGGCAGGCUUCAACUAUAACAACGUUCCUCCACUGCUCCUUACUUCAGAUUUGCUGGCUAUAACCCUCUCAAAAUGAGGAAAACGGUGCAAAAAUAAAGACGGUUAAGUAAAGCAGCAGAGACUAAAUCAAAAAUCCGGCGACUGCUGCAAAUAGAAAGUAGCUCAAGUCUGAAGAGGAAAACCAAGGAGAACCGAAGCAUAAGGAUUUGAAUACAUAUAAGCCUAGUGGCAUGGCUUGCAGGCUGCAAACCCUUCUCGCCAAACUCAUUCCAGGAGUCUGGCUGUCUCUGAUGCUCCUUGACCCAAGCACUCAAACUGGAGUUGUGCCCGGGCAUAGAGAACCCCUUCCCGAUGACAGCAAGGACAACAUCACAAUUUUUACCAGGAUCUUAGACAGGCUGCUGGAUGGCUAUGACAACCGACUUCGACCUGGUCUUGGAGAAACAGUCACAGAGGUGGGCACCAACAUUUAUGUUACCAGUUUUGGACCAGUGUCAGACACAGACAUGGAGUAUACCAUUGAUGUUUUCUUCCGCCAGACCUGGAGGGAUGAUAGACUAAAAUUUGAUGGACCCAUGCAGAUUCUGCCUCUGAACAACCUGUUAGCCAGUAAAAUAUGGACACCAGACACAUUCUUCCACAAUGGAAAGAAGUCAGUGGCCCACAAUAUGACAACUCCUAAUAAAUUGUUACGGUUGGUGGACAAUGGCACCUUGCUCUACACCAUGAGAUUAACCAUUCAUGCAGAGUGUCCCAUGCACCUGGAAGACUUCCCCAUGGAUGCUCAUGCCUGUCCCCUAAAAUUUGGGAGCUAUGCCUACACCAACGAUGAGGUGAUUUAUAUCUGGAACCAUGACAUGUCCAUAUCCGUGGCAGAAGAUGGCUCAAGGCUCAAUCAGUAUGACCUGCUGGGACACGUCAUUGGGAAUGAGAUCAUCAGCUCCAGCACAGGAGAGUAUGUUGUCAUGACAGCACAUUUCCAUUUGAAAAGGAAAAUAGGUUAUUUUGUGAUCCAGACAUACCUCCCAUGCAUUAUGACGGUCAUUCUCUCUCAAGUCUCUUUCUGGCUCAACCGGGAGUCUGUUCCAGCACGAACUGUUUUUGGUGUGACCACGGUGUUGACCAUGACCACGCUGAGCAUCAGUGCCAGAAACUCACUGCCCAAAGUAGCGUAUGCCACAGCCAUGGACUGGUUCAUGGCAGUCUGUUAUGCUUUUGUCUUCUCUGCACUCAUCGAGUUUGCCACUGUGAAUUACUUCACCAAGCGCAGCUGGGCCUGGGAUGGCAAGAAAGAGGCUUUAGAGAUGCGAAGAAGAGAGUCAGCCUCCCUCUCUAAGAAGAACAACACAUUCAACAUUGUGGGGACCACCUACACAAUGAACGUGGCCAAGGACCCUGGUCUGACCACCAUAGCCCAGAGUGUAGUGCAGACACCCCCUGGACCUACAGUGGCCCCACUGCGGCUACCCAGGAUGGAUGGUGAAUAUGUCCCAGAGGGGGGCAUCAAAUCCUACAACCAAGUCAGCAAAGUUGACAAAAUUUCCAGAAUAAUCUUCCCAAUACUUUUUUUUGUUUUCAACCUGGCGUACUGGGCCACUUAUGUCAACAGGAAGCCCAUAAUGAUGAAGAGCAACCCCCAGAAGUGAACUCGUGUGGCAGCACAAUAACCACAGAAGAGAUCACUCACACUGCCAGGCAAAUCUCUUGUAGCCAAACCCAUUUACAUACAAUUCUGCUUCACACAAACAUUGUAUAUAUACAAAGAUUGUAUAUAUACCAUAUACAUACACAUAGAGAUGUGCGUUUGUAUGCAUAUGCACAAUAUGUGUCUGUGUGCAUUUAGCGCAUACAUGUGUGUAGGGUAAUGCUCCAGAUAUUCCUUUAUAAUUUAUGGAUUCUGCACCAUGCAGGCAGUAGCUUAAGAGCAUUUGUACUUUCUUAUCUUCACUAAUUAUCUGUGUAAGUCCAUUUAGUUACUCCGUUUAGUACUGUUCAGUGCAUUUCUGAAUGUGUGUCCUCAUUGGUACCUCAUUUCUUUCCAUUAUUGUUGAUGCAUUUUCUUACACUCACAUACAGUACUGUCUGCUGCAUGGGUUUCUAAGUCGUAGCCCCUCAGAAUCAUCCAUUUCCAUUCAUGCACUCUGCAUUUAAUUGACCUAACAGAACAUCACAUUGGUAUGCUGUGGCUCUAUUCACAUCAUUUCAUUUUCCAGUAACCUUUUCAAAAACGUAUAACCCCACUUAUAAAGAGAAGGGUGGUUUCAGGGGACAAAACGUGGUGCCUUUUUGAAUGUGUGCUCCAAAAAUCAGUCUUUUGAAUCUCUCCAGCUCACAUGUGUAUUGCCCUGGGUCUAGCACCCUACCUUGCCUUAGCAGUGUGGUGUUUGAGAAAUAUAUGCCCACCUCCCCCCCUCCCAAAAAAAAAAAAAAACUACCAUUACCUAUAAUAUUCAACACAAAUGCUGAAGCCCUGCUAGUGGUCCACAUUACACAGCUGAAUUGGCGACCAAUGCUUAUGAAUUUAUCUGAUACAACCAUGAGCCCUAUACUAACAUUUACUGUUCUCUUUUUAAAUGUUUUUAUGUGUGAUUUGUAUUGUAUUAUAUUAUCUUAUUGACUUUGUAGUGUUAAACCUUGCUAUGGUAGGUCAGUUUUGUUGACAGAUGUUGCUAUCAGUGUCAUUAUGUUAUAAUUUGUUUAACAACAUUGGGAUUUGAUGUGCAACUAGACAAUGUUAAUUUACUUUAAUGCAUGUAAUUUACGGGUAGAUGAGAGGAGAAAGAGUCUGUGUUUAAAACUGUAACACCAGUGGCUAUGCAUAGGUUUAGUUUCAACGCAAUUAUGAGAGUGUGUUACUGAGCAUUUAACUCAAGUGACUCAAGCAGUGAUGAAGAAAUCUGACUGGAAAGAGGUAACAAAAACCAUAGAAUGAAUGACUUACUCACCAUUCUAAUAGGUGUUUUUUUUCUUUAUACCCAAAACGGAGAUUUCAAGAUGGAGGCAGCAGGUAGAUUAAUGUAGCUUUUAAUCAACACGUCUCACGCAUCAGAGAAGACACGAGUUGUUCCAUUUACUGUGACACUGUCCAACUCUCCAGGUCUGAGUAGCAGAACAAACUAUAUUUAACGAUACAAAAUGCAGCUCAUAGUGUUGUGCAGCAUAAGAUUUCAUGACGCAUCAAGACGCGGUUCAUUGCACGACAAUCUGUUUUUCCUGUCUGUGAUCUCUGGUAGUACGUUUUCCUUUUAACCACAACAUUAGUGUUUGCUUCAGUUGUGGGUUCGUCAUCACAGUGGCUAUCUCACAUGAAAGUGCAAUCAGAUGAUAGUGCAACGCACUACAUGAGGGGAUGUACUUAAAAGGAUAUAUUUGUAUUGGAGUACAUUAUACAUGCAUUUAUGAAAUUCACUAAUACUAAUGUAUCUGAUAUGCAUUUUAUACACGGUUGAAAUGAGAAGGUUGAAAAACCCUCAAAAGUGGGUAGAGCCAAUUAAAUAGGCAAAUUAAUCUCAUGUAAACUCUUAAGGGCAAAUGCUGUAUACCACUGUGAAGUUGUGAUGCUAUAUAGAUGUUGCCAUUCCAAUUAUAGAUGAGGAAAAUAUGGAACACAUUAGGGACAGUUUAUUUAAUCUUAAAUCAUAAAAAGUAUUUGUGUAUAACGAUGCACUACUUAAGUGUGGCUCUGACAGUAAGGAUGUUUAUUUUUUCAGUGUGCUUGUGUGUGUCUCAGUGUGGUUAAACUCCAUUGGUUUCCAGAUGUAGAAAGUCGUUGCUGAAAUGAAACUGAUGAGUUUGGUGCAUGUACUGUAUGUGUACACUCUGUGUUGUUGCCAUGGUAAUGUGGCAAUAGGUAAAAGUUUCAAAAUUUCAGAUUUCAACAACUACCAACCUGUAAGUGGUCUUUGGGCACAGUGAUUUUGUGUAAAUUUCCACAUGAAAGGAUUAUAUUCUUCAAAUUGAUACACACAAGUGUUAAGAAACUCUGAUGGCAAUGAUCAGAGCUACCUAUACUUUGGCAGAACAUGCAUAACUGUGAAGGAGAACAUGCUCAAUUAAUGCUAGACAUUGUAAAUACUAUAAUACUGACUACAGAACCUAAUGAGCAGAGGUAUUUUAUUGCAUCUUGUUCCAGUAGUAUUUGAUGCUGACAGUGUUCAUGACUGUUGCAUACACAAGCAUUGAGUGUACUCCGUAAAUAUGCAAAAAAGCAUUUGAGUGAGAAGCAAAAAAAUAAAAUAAAAAAAUUAAUGUAGCAGCCAGGUGAUGUCACAUUAAAACUGAAAAGUGACAACUUAUAUUCAAUUUACAGACAUUUUGGAAGCCAAUAGAGUGGAAAAAUCCAGUAGAUAAAAUAUAGCUCAAACAUAGUUGAAAUGUUCGUAUGUAUAGGAUAUAGGUGUGGAUAUUUUAGCCAAAUAUGAAAUAGGAACUAGACAGGCUAAUCAGAACUGAAUAUAAGAAUAUAUCUGCCUCAAAUCACACUAAACAUGCCAGCUAUCCAAAAUGUGAGUAUUGUGGUAACACUUCACAUUACUAAUAUUAGUAAGUGCAUUAAUUAACACGAGCAAACUGUUAACCUCGAUGUAAAGAGACCAUAUUUGAUGCUAAAUGCAGAAUUUCAUUGUUGUUUCUGCUAACAAAUGCAUUACACUUUACUUCCUGGAACAAGCCUGGAACAUCAAGUAAUAUUUUAUUUGCUAUGGUUAAUGCUUUAUUCAUGUUAACUACUGCAUUUAGUUCAUGUUAGUCAAGGGGUCCUUAAUGUAAAGUGUUACAGUAUUGUAACCUGCCCAGUGAUCUAUAGAUGUAGAUUAAUUACUUCAGAGAAUAAUAGCCUACAUAGCAUGUUUUACUGUGUUGCCUAAACUCCUGUCAGGUAUUUUUGUAUCAAAGUUUGUCCAGAGUAUUUAUUGUAGGAGUUUACUUUAAAAACCAUGCCAUGUCAGUUUAAAUUAAUAUUUUACAUGUUCCCUUCAAUUUCUAUCCAGUAUAUGGAACACCGACUCGCUUUCACCCUCAGGAGCUGUCUGAAGCAACUGAGGUACAUGUGAAUGCUCUCUUGUAGUUGUCUCAGAUCUUGUCAAACCAAAAAGAUUUUUCGCCCUGGCAUCUCUCUAAUGUCUCUACAGCUGGUUUGUCAUGCAACAUUACUUUUCUUAGGCAGGCAAAGAGCACAUUCAAUGUCUGCCUUUUAAAACAAGGUCCUUUACAGAAACCGAAGUCCUUGGACCUUAACUGUCUUAAUCAGAAAUGAAAACUUAAAGGGACACCAGGCAAGCCUGAUGCUUUUUCUCUAUGAAACUUCCCCUCGGUCUGAAGCUCUU